UCUUAACCUUGACGAAGGAGGAGGAGGAGCGACACCAUGCCACAGCCCCUCAACCGGUAUAAAAGCAACUGCUGGCGCUCUGCAACCUAACACAAUCAUCGAGAAGUGAGGUCCUGCAACAUGAAGUCUUUUACAGUGUUGGUGGUGGUGGUGGUGGUGACCUUGGCUGCUCUGAUGGGGCUAACCAGCGCUAUGCCCGACCCCUUCGCCCUGGCUGACGCGCAGUAUGGUGGAUAUGGAAGAGGAUUUGGUGGAGGUGGAUUUGGUAGCGGUGGAUUUGGCGGUGGAUUUGGUGGCGGUGGAUUUGGUGGCGGUGGAUUUGGCAGAAGAGGAUUUGGUCAUGGUGGCGGAUUUGGUGGACGAGGUGGAUUUGGCGGCGGCCGCUUUGGAUACGGUCGUUAAACUUAAGACAGUAGUGUCUAGGACUCUGAAUCUCCUCGAACGCCAUUAUAAAACCAAACAAAAUGUGUGAUCUUGUGUUGUGAAGGGAAGCUGACGAGCGUCUCCAACACCUGCAGCACUUCCAACACCUAAUAUCCACCAUCAAACACCCGUCAACAUCAACACCUUCAGCGCCUCCAUCAGUCCAACCACUUGGGCUAGACGGUAGAGCGACGGUCUCGCUUCAUGCAGGUCGGCGUUCAAUCCCCGACCGUCCAAGUGGUUAUGGACACCAUUCCUUUCCCCCCGUCCCAUCUCAAAUCCUUAUCCUGAUCCCUUUCAAGUGCUAUAUAGUCGUAAUGGCAUGGCGCUUUUCCCUUACAACACUUCCCCCCCUUCCUUUCCAUCGGGAGCGCCGACACGGUUAUCUUGAGGUUAUCUUGAGAUGAUUACGGUGUAAACAAUAGCCUUUCAUCAUGGUUAUUUAGACAGUUGUAACUGAUCACUCAGUAAUUGGCAGCGUAAAUAAAGUUUUUUUGUAACAA